AUGGGGGCCAAAUAUGCUCCCAGCUUGGCUAACCUAUUUAUGGCCAAGUGGGAGGAGGAUGUCAUCUUAGGUAACAAUGUACCCCAGAUUGCCCUUUGGGCAAGUGACUACAUCAUUAAAGAAAAGACUGUGCUGCUGCAGAAGAAAGACAGCGAAGGAUUCGGCUUUGUGCUGAGGGGAGCGAAGGCACAAACCCCAAUUGAAGAAUUCACUCCAACUCCAGCCUUCCCAGCGCUCCAGUACCUGGAAAGUGUGGAUGAAGGGGGAGUGGCCUGGCGAGCAGGGCUGCGGAUGGGAGACUUUUUAAUUGAGGUGAAUGGUCAAAAUGUGGUGAAAGUUGGACACCGACAAGUAGUGAAUAUGAUUCGGCAGGGAGGAAACAACUUAAUGGUAAAAGUUGUCAUGGUGACCCGUAACCCUGAAAUGGAGGAUGCCAUGAGGAAAAAAGUGCCUCAGCAAACAAAGCGAGUUACUCCACCUGCAAUAUCACUACGUUCCAAAUCCAUGACAUCAGAAUUGGAGGAAAUGGUGGAAAAAGUUUCUCCUUGGAAAAAGAAAUCUGAUUAUGAACCAACUCAGAACACUGAGAAGAAAAGGACGGUGUACCAAAUGGCACUAAACAAGCUGGAUGAGAUUCUGGCAGCAGCCCAACAAACCAUCAGUGUGAAUGAGAGUUCGAGCCCAGGUACACUGGCAUCACUUGGAACGUCACGAAGUGCGGGGAAGGGUUUUUUCUCCUCUGAGCCAAGUUAUGGUCAGCAUAGAGUCCCAAGUGCGCAGUCUGUCUUUGAGGGUCCAUCCUAUUUGUCCUCUUCGCCUUCCCAGGCAUUGAUGCUACGACAGAAAUCUAUUGGUGCUGGAGAUGAUGAAAAGCCAUUCUUGUCUGCACCCCCGAUAAAGUUCAACCGCAGUCUUUCUGUUCCCAGUUCAGAAGAUAUCCCUCCUCCUCCAACUACUUCUCCUCCAGAUCCACCAUACAACACUGCCCCUUCAUCUUCACCCAGGGUUAGCCCAGUUAUGAGAUCUAACUUCAAUCACAGUGGAGAUUCUAAAAUUUUCUCCCCUACCAUGCGUCAGGAGUCAAGUAUAUUUGACCAGCAAAUGAUGGAAGCAUCUCAGCGACGGGAGAAACUGCAGCAACUAUACCAUCAAGAUUCUGAACAAGGAGCAGAUGACCAGAUUCGAAUGGGGACACCUAACAUGAGAAAUUGGAGGUCCCAGGCUCAGGAGAUGCGUUAUUUCAAUCUACCUGCUAGAGCAGCCAGCACGGCAAUGUAUGUCCCACCCAAAGCAGUGCGUCGAAAAGGUCAGCUAGUGAAACAGGUAAAGGUGGAAAAUGAACAGCAGCAGCACUUGCAACAGCAGCAGCAGCAGCAAUACCAAUCACAUCACCAGCAACAACAGGCCACCAAAUCCCAUGAAAAAAGUUCCAUUGCCAUUCCUACAAUUAUUAUAAAGGCCCCAUCAACCAGUAGUAGUGGAAGAAGCAGCCAAGGGAGUAGCAUGGAAGCUGAAACCCAGCCAGAUCCUAUCCCUUCUUUGCAACUGAGAGAUAACAUUGACUUCACAAGCCAGUUUGGAGCAGCUAUUGUCGGUGCAGCACGGCGGGACCGUGAGUGGUUUAAUGAAGCCCGUCGAAAGUCUGCUCUCUUUCUGUCUACUGAUGAAGAUACAGAGCCUAUCCCUGCUCCAAGAUUGAAGCAUUCCAAAUCUAUUGACGAGGGUAUGUUUUCUAGCGAACCAUACAUGCACUUGAAUGUUCCCACCAAUUAUGUGGCCCCUGUAAAUAGGGACAUUUCUACUGGAUACUCCUACCAGCCCAAAUCUGGAAAGGUAUAUGGACCCAGUACCACUAGCGCAUUUAGCACUGUGUGUUCCACUUAUUUACCACAGCUACAGUCAUGUUCCAGUUCAAUGACAAUGUCCAAUAUUAACCCAGUUGGAGGAUCCAUUCCCCUUAUACAUCCUUUGACUGGGAAAAUACUAGAUCCCAGUUCCCCUCUAGGCCUUGCUUUGGCAGCAAGAGAAAGAGCUUUAAAAGAGUCACAACAGCAUACGAAGAAUGAAAUAGAAGAAAGAAAGUCACGCCCCUCAUCUCCACGGUUUGCUGAGCAAAAGUCACCAAUAGAAUCUCGAAGCAGCUCACCCCAUCGACUCUGGGAUUCUGGCCCAGUUAAAAGAAAAGAGAUGGAUUACAAGCCUUCUAUGAUGUCCCAGGCUGGAGAGAGAAAAUCAGAUGAGAGUUCUGGUCACCGGUCCCCAGCACUCUUGUUACUCCAAGGAGUUGAACAUGGUAAAGCUUGGGAGAAGAGGACAGAAGGCCAAGAAAAGACAGAAUUACAUGUUCGCUUUAUGGAUAACUCCACUCACAAGGAUGAACAAGAAAAUAAUAGGAUGUCGAUGAGUAAGGAAUCAAGAAAUGCAAGGCCAUUAGUCGGCACAACCAUCAACCAUGCUCCCUUACCUAGCACAAAUGUGGGGCCACAUGAGACAAACUCCAAAGAGAACGGGCUCCCAUUAUUAGUUUUGCCUCCCCCAGCACCAUCUAUUGAUGUUGAUGAUGAAUUUCUAUUUACAGAACCGCUCCCUCCACCAUUAGAAUUUUCAAAUAGUUUUGACAAGCCUGAUUCCCCACCAGGUGCAUCAGGUGGGGCAUCAGCGUUACCUCCUCCUGUACCCCCGCCUCCACCUGAUUCCGGUAACAAUCCUGCUCUUGAUUCUACAACGUCAAGUAUCACAUCUUAUGACAGUGAAGUAGCCAAUUUAACUCAGACAACACCAGAACUCAAAGAACCUCAUGUCAAUUUCUCAUCUGUUGUGUCAUCGAUCCAAAUACCAGCUUCAGACACCAUAGAUACUGUGACUGAUUCUGGUAUAGAGGAAAUUGAUAGUCGAAGUAGCAGUGACCACCAUUUGGAAAAUAUUAGUAGUGUUUCUACUUUGUCAAGCAUGUCUGGGCUUUCAGCAGAAGGAACAGAACUUCUAGACACUUAUAUCACUUAUCUAGAUGGGCAAGCAUUUGCCCAGCCUGAAAAAGCUGUUCUCCAAAAUAAAAUACGGUCCCGAACUUUCCCAAGCAGAACACCUGGAUUACUCAGAGAUCCCAUCACUGCCACAAGUACUACUAUUUCAGUUGCACCAUGCACAGACAAUGUCUUUACUCUAACACCAUCUAAAGGGCCUUCACUCUGUGCUCCUGCAGAGGCAGCCAAGGAUUCUCAGCGGAAAUCUCCCACUCUGCCUUGGGAAGAUUACUCCCAGGAAAAAACUUCUCCAGUCUCUACAGUAAAAGCAAAUAUGAUCACAGAGUUAAGUUCCAAGCUUCAGCAUAUAAGUGGAGUUUCUUGGUCAAGGCCACCAGAAUCCGCAGUAUCAUUUACACCAGAGAGACCAACCUCGAUACAGAGACAUAGGAUAGUGGAUGAUUCUUCUGCUUCUUUAAUCUCUUCUAAACCUGUGAGCAGUCUAUUUCACAACUGGCCUAAAUCCCCACAGCCUACUCCAAAACAUCCCAAGAGUGUGGAUUUUGACAUUCGACCAACCCUGAGAAGAGCACCAAGUCCAUCAGCCUUGCCAACGGAGCACAAGAUAAGCCCUACACCACGUCCCUCUUCUUUACCCAUCUUGCCUUCUGCCCCUGUUUACACGGGGGUCUUUGACCUGAGGGGCUCCCCCACAGCUGGAGGAGAUAACUUCCCUGGCUUCCAGACGGGCAGUAGGUCCCUAUCCCCAACACAUUUCAUUCUACCCCCGACAGAAAAAUCAUUUGCAUCUAAGCCCAUCCAUUUCUGGACAAAGUAUGAUGUGGCUGAUUGGUUGGAGUAUUUAAAUCUUGGUGAGCACCGAGAACAUUUUCUAGACAAUGAGAUUGAUGGGAGCCACUUACCAUCACUGACCAAGGAGGAUUACAUUGAUCUGGGAGUUACCAGAGUCGGCCAUCGAAUGAACAUUGACCGAGCUCUGAAAUUCUUUUUGGAGAGGUGAUUUAAAGUCAUUGGGUUCCAUAGUUUUAACAUCUCGGCAUUCAUCCCUACAAACCUAUAAAGAUUUGGUACAAGGUC